CGAGAUGGUCCGGGUUCGGCCAGACGACGACAUUUUUCCCACCGCAGUCUUUGAGAGCGAACAAGUAAUUGACUUCACGAUGUGCAACCCACCAUUCUAUAGCAGUCGAGAGGAGGUGCUCAGCUCUGCAGAAGCGAAGGAGCUGGGCCCGAGCGGAAUUUGCACAGGCGCAGAGACUGAGAUGAUUACUCCUGGUGGAGAGGCGGCGUUCGUCCGCAGAAUGGUGCAGGAAAGCUUACAGCUUAAGGACCGAUGUUGCUGGUUCACUUCCAUGCUCGGCAAAAUGUCGUCGCUUACUGACGUUAUACAGUCCCUAAAAUCUGAGAAGGUUGACAAUUAUGCUAUCACUGAAUUCGUGCAAGGCAAGACACGACGCUGGGCGAUUGCCUGGUCUUUCGGCGAUGUACACUUGCCUGAUUCUCUGGCUCGCAUAUCCAACUCUGCGUUGCAGAGCAUUAUGCCAAGCAGGAAUACCCUUCGGCAGACAUACGCACAGUUCCAGACUGCUGUGGAGGCGAAAGAAGCGCUACUCAAGGUGCUGAAGAGCAUCGACGGGGUCGCGAUCACAUCUCGAAAUCUCACGAGUGAGGAUGAGCUACUGUUACAUGCCUCGCAAAAUACGUGGUCCCGGGCAGCCAGAAGACGGAAGCUCAUCCCAGAGGACCCUACGGCCGAACCUCAAUCGGCUCUGCCAGCUCUGGUCUGUCGUAUGCGAUGCUCGGGAAAUUCGAGUGAUACUCAGGAUAGUUCGGGGCAUGAGAGUGUCAUUCUGGAGUGUGACUGGGUCCAGGGAAAAGACCGGGGAUUGUUCGAGAGCUUCGUGAGCCAUGUUGCGAGAAAAUUGGACACACUAGCGAGGAAUCUUGAUGUCGAGAUGUAGGGCAGCAGUGUGCAGAGCAAAUGUAUAUGAUUGACUUAUAGACACAGGACUCAAUGGUGCUCGCCAUGCGCUUCGUGUCCGUGUUCGCCGUGCCCGUGUCCGUGGGCUUCCCAUGGAUGACCACCCAUAAGCUUAGCACCGUCCUUCCUGGCACGGAAGAAGAUGAAGAACCACAUUGUUGCACCCAACGUGGUGGAUAGGAACUUGUACCUGAAGCCGGGGAGAUGAGGGUGGAAUCCUGAGCCAGAUGGGUGUGCCCCGGCCAUGUCGACUGC